AGCGUCGCAACUUUUGUGUACAAGCUGUUGUGUUAUUAGUUGGGUGAUGACACUUCAACUGGCUGCAAGUCAGUUGUAGAGCAGUCGCCGCCCGGUAGCCGGCUAUAAGCACUCUUUCAAACAUAAUACAAGUUCUUUUUCUAUAUACUCUAUUCUUAUAAAUGUUAUAGUUUAGUCACUGAAGUGGUCUCAACUCCCGAGAUACACGGCUCCCGACUCUGAAGCCGCCCGCAACCCAUCUACCGUUACUCCACUCCUUUUCAGCAGAUAAUACAUUCAGAGUAGUCUAUUGAAACUGGCCGUUCACAAAGUGAGCAAUGGACAAAUAUAGCAGGAACAACAUAUGCAUGAAAGCCACAUUCGCAGCCGGUGUGUUUCUGCUUGUGUUCGGAACUUUCCUGAUGCUGGGCCACAAUGCGUUAUUCGAUUUCUUCUUGAAAAGAGAACUGGCGUUGGCUCCUGGUUCAUCAAGCUAUAAGGUGUGGCGUGAGACUCCUGUGCCAAUGUCGAUUGAAUUCUACUUCUUCAACUGGACGAAUCCUCUCAACUACACUACGGAGAAGCCGAAAUUUGUUGAAGUUGGACCCUACUCAUUCAAGGAGCGCCAUAAAAAAGUGAACAUUACCUGGAACAGCAACGGUACGGUGAGUUUCAGAAGGGUGCGAAUUUGGCAUUUCGAUGCUGAAAACUCCAAUGGCUUCCUUGAUGAUAGAAUACAAACUCUAAAUCCAGUCGCGUUGACAGCAGCUUCCACAGUUCGAGAUUGGAGUAAAAUUUUCCAAAUGUCGUUGUCGAUGGCUCUGAAACAAACUAGUCAGAAGGUUCACGUGGUGAAGACUGUCAACGAGCUGCUGUUCAAGGGAUAUUCUGAUAGACUGCUCGACAUUGCUCGUCAGAUGCCCAAGUUUGGAGGCGUCAAGGUGCCUUUCGACAAAUUCGGCUGGUUCUACACGAGAAAUGGAUCGGCGUACUAUGAUGGCUUCUACAACAUGGAUACUGGAGAUAAUGACAUCAGUCAGCUGGGCAAACUGAGAAAUUGGAACUACAACAAUGAGACAUCGUUCUAUGACUAUGAAUGCGCCGGAGUGAAGGGAUCAGCUGGCGAGUUCUGGCCGCCACAUCAGAGGCGCGACACUCCCCUCACCAUGUUCUCAGCUGAUUUAUGCAGGUCAGUGUCAUUCAACUACUUCGAGGACCGAGCCGUGCACGGCAUAGACGGCUACACGUACUCGAUGGACGAGUACGUGGUGGAUAACGGCACACUGCGGCCGGAGAACGAGUGCUUCUGCAACGGCGAAUGCUCGCCGUCCGGGGUGAUCAACGUCACCUCGUGUCGCUACGGCGCACCCGCCUUCGUGUCGUAUCCCCACUUUUUCCUCGCCGAUCCCUACUAUCGGGAUGCCGUCGACGGCAUGAGUCCGGAUGCGGAGAAGCAUCGCUUCUACAUCACCAUGGAGCCGCGCACCGGCAUCCCGCUCGAUGUUGCCGCUAGGUUGCAGAUCAAUCUGCUGCUGCAGACGUUGGAAGGGAUUGGGCCAUUCCACGACACUCCGUACAUCUACUUUCCGAUGAUGUGGUUCAACCAGCGGGCGAGCAUGACCGGCGAAAUGGCGGCCGGGUUGAAGUUUGUCCUUCAGCUGCCCACUCUGAUGGCGACCGGCGCCUCUGUGCUCAUGGGUGUCGGCCUGCUAUUUAUCGUGCUCUGGCUGGCCAUCCUGUUCUUCACGGCAAACCAGGACGACAUGUACAAGAAGAACCUAGCUGUUGUGCAUUUGGACAAGAAGGACAAAAACUACGAAAUGAAAGCAUGUCAGCCAUUGAUUAAUGCAACAAACAGUUUGAGUAUAAACUCGGUUCAAAGAAGUCCGUCAGAAACUACAUGAAACUCAUCUGAACGGAAUUGGAGGGGAUUAUGCCUGGAAAGCAAACUGCAAACUCAUUGGAAACAGUUCACUAAAUAACUGGCACAUCGAUCUUAAAGGACGUUAUCAGGUAGAUUUCAUUUGAUAAGAAGUAUAUUGCAAUGAGUGUUCCUUGAUAUUAGCUAUUCUAAAACUAUUGAUCUACCGGUAAUCAAUUUACUGGUAGAUCUCAGUUUACUGAUAUUAUAUAAAAAUUGGUAAGCUAGUAAUCAAUAUUCUGAAGUUCCGAAAUUGGACUGUCUUAUUUGAAUUAUGUUGAUUGAAAUUUCAAACUUAUAACUGCUACCGAAAUUAUUGGAAUUUCGUUAACAUUAUUAUAUCACAUUCAUUAGCAUUUAUAAAAUAAAUCUCUUUUCUAAUGGGUCGUCAUAUUUGGAGCGACUUUAUGGCUCCAGUGGAAUAUUUUUUAGAACCACUUUCUAGAAAUUAGAAAAUAAUAUAUGUUCUUAUCUCGUGUAAAAGUAUAUAGGCCUACUUAUUGAAUCAGUCAUCACCCGACAUCUGAAUCCUGAAAGAAAGGAUUUGCUAAACAAACUUACUAUUAGAAUAGCAUAAAAUUUGAAUAUUCAAAUCAAAUAGGGAUCAAAUAAGGUUCUAGAAUAGUAUUUAUUCUAAAGUUCACUCGGUGUACGGUAUCACAACGUCAUAGAAUAUAAUAUUUUCAAAACAGGAGAAUAAUAAUAGUUAUUAAACGAAAAUCCCAAUUAAAUGCUGUAAAUCACCCCGAAGACUUGUGCUACAGCAAAUAUUGACAACAGUGUA